AUGCUGGUCGCGAGAAUCAGGGCUCGCCUCCACGCCUCAGCUGCUCGGGGUCCCGCACCAAGGUUGGCCUUUCCCACUCCCUUUAGUUUCCCGCCUGUUCCGUUUCUCUCUUUUCCCGUGUCCGCAGCAGCUCCUAAUUCCACGGGUCCAUGCACUUCCCUUCCUCCUUCCCCCAUUGCCGUUCCUUCUUCGUCUGUCCACCGUUCUGUUCGUCUUCCCGCCCUCCCCUCACCAUCCACUUCCUGUUUCUCAUGUCUCGUCAUUCCCGCUUGGAAAGAGGCAGGCGGAGGAGCAGCAGGCAGGGCCGCCUGUGCACAACCGUCCGUACCGUAUGCUCGCACGACGGAUCCGUCUGUUAGAGAGGCGGUGGCGCGUGCUUAUAGUGAGGUUGCUGGUACGUACGCCAGCUCGAUCCAUUUCGGCGGUAGUGCUGCGAGCGAAGGGUCCGAGGAGGUGGCACAGGAGGUGAGGGGACACGUGGCAGCGGAACGCGACGAACACGUGGUAGAGCAACGCAAAGGACACGUGUCUAAAGACGGACACGUGGCAGGGGAAGGCAAAGGACACGUGGCAGCAGAUGACUUGAUCAAGAGUGACAAGGGAGUGCUGGGCGUGAGUGGGAGGAGCAAGGCGGUGAGGAAACCGAGGGAGCGGGUGGGGCCGGAAGUGGAGGAGUCGAAGCGGCGGAUUCUCGCGGCGUUCCUGCGAGACAUGGACGGCGCCGACAAGCCCGCCGGCCACGCGGCGAGCCCCGUGCAGGUUAAUCGGCCGGAAGAAGAGAGGCCGUCGGGGGAGAUAGAAAGUGGUGAUGUUUAUGAUGAAGGCAAGGAGAGUGGGGAGGCUAUGGGCGGUGAUGAGAUGAUGCAGGGCGGGAGUGCGGCGAGGGGUGUAGUUGACUGUGAGCCUUGUGACAGUGUCGAUGAGCACUGUAACGGGGACGAGGACGGCGAGCUCGCGGGCGGCGAGGAGCACGUGUAUCACAGCGAGGAUUAUAAUAGCGAGGAUGAGUUGCACGGUGAUGGGGACGAGGCGGCGGAUAAGAGCGACGCGCCAGUGGAUCUCGAGUCGCUCGUGGCCAUGAGCGGACGCUCGCAGCUCACGGGCAUGGCCGGCGCGCUAGCUGGGAAGACGAACCGGGAGUAUGAACAGGACGAGGCUGCGCUUCAAGCCGAUGCUUCUGGAGAUGCUGUUGCCACUGAUUCUCUCGCUGAAGCUACCUCUGCAGCCAUUAGAACCGAUUCGCUCGCCGCGAAGGCGAACAGCGCCAAGGCGGAAGGACUCGCGGACGCGAACGCGCAGGGCGGCGCUCCCCUGUCCGUUCCGCCGUCUCCCGUUCCCCCCGUCGCCUCGUCGUCCCCGUCUGGUUCCUCGAGCGACUCGCUCGCGCACUCCACGCCAGCCGAUUCGAUCGCCAUGAUCGCCUCCAGCUCGUCCGGCGACGAUUCCGGCGACUCCCCUACCAGCGACACUCGGACGAGCGACUCCCGCUCCAGCGUCAUCCCCGCGAUAGGAAGCAACCGCCGCGUCGAUCCCGCGGAGCCGGCGGAAAGCUAUUUUGCCGCUGCGGACGGCACGGCGGUGGGCGGAGGAAUGGAUUCGGGGGAUGCGGGGGGAGUGGGGGAAGCGGACGGCGCGGAGAGGGGCUUGGGGAGAGAUGAGCUGGAGUCUGGGAAGCUGGAUGUUGACGUGAGCGGUGCUGACGUGGCGGAUCCUGUCGAGAUUGAGGCGAGCUAUGACGAGGGUGGCAGUGGGAGGAGGAGCAGGAAGCGGUGGGGCGAUUGUGCGCCCGCGGGGAAUGAGGGAUGGGGUCGCUCGCUGUGGGGCGGGAGUGGCGCGGCGGAAGGAAAGGAGUUGGAGGGGAGUGCGGGCGGGGGAAGCUUGCGCUUGAGAUGGCUGGUACUGGAGGAGGGAGAGGAGGGGGAGGAGGAGGACGGAGAAAAGGAGGAGGAGGAGACGGGAGAGGAGGAAUGGGUAGGCGAGGGGGAUGUGGGGGUCGAUGCAGACGGGAUGUACAUCGAGGAAGCGGAUGAGAGAGAGGAGAUAAGGGACUUGGAAGGAAAGUUUGAACCGCAUACAUCCCUGCUCCAUGCUCCCACCGCCUUGCCUUCCCUCUCCAUACCUUCACCUUCUGUUCUCUCGCCCUCCGUCCCCUUGCCCUCGCCGGCCCCCUCACACGAGGCCACUCAAGAAACGUCCCAACCCACUCUGCAGCACCAAGCUCUGCUGGGAUCUCCCCAGCCUUCCAUUCACCUACAGCCAAACGAUGCCGACGAGUAUCACCCUCUGCAGCCGCCCAUGCAGCUGCCCGCCGUGCCCUCCCUGCACAGUAACCUCUCCUCCAUCAAGCGCCGCCUCUCCCCGCGUGUUCGAAAGCCUACGCGUUUCCUCACCGCCUCCCGCCCCCUCACUCCUCCGCCAUCCACCAAUGCCACUGCUGUGGUUGCUGCAGCUGGCGCCGGUUUGUGCGGUGCUGUUGCUGGUGCCGCUUCCCCUGCUGGUCCUGCUUGUGGCUAUCCUCCUCCUUAUUCUGCUGCUGCUGCUGCUGCUGCUGCUGCUGCUGCCAGUGCGGCUGCAGCUGCCGUGCCUCUAAUGACCGCAGCGUCAGUGCCAUUACAGGCACCCUCUCAUGCUUCUGCAUCUGUGCCAUUACAGGCACCCUCUCAUGCUUCUGCGUCAGUGCUUGCAUCAUCACUACCAUCGCCACCUGCGCCACAAGCAUUUACAAUUAUGUCCGAGUCCCAUCUCUCCUCUGCCGCUCCUUCUGCCGCCGUAACAGCUCAGUCAACGUCCAUCUGUCGCUCAGUCUCAUGCUCGUUCCAAGGGACGGCGCCUGCCAGUGCCACCCAUGUGAUCGAUCUCGAGGAGUGCUGCCAGUCCGAUGAAUCUCGGCCGUCGGAUGAAUCCAGGCCGUCAACUGACUCGAUGUGGUCAGCUGAAUCCAGAGCGUCAGCUGAAUAUGAAUCGUCAGUUAGAACUGAUCCGUCAAUUAAGACUACGGUGUCAGCUGAAUCUCGGCCGUCAACUGAAUCUCGGCCGCCUGCUGAAUCUGGACCGUCAGUUGAAUGUAGGCCAUCUGUUAAAUCUGCACCGUCAGCUGAAUCUCUGCCACCAGCUGGAUCUGGGCCGUCAGAGGAGGUACCAGCGACUGAGGAGAAGGCGAUAAACGGUGGAGAUAGCACUAUCGCGGGUGCUUCUGGUGUGGCUGUACACAAAUGUGACUAUAACGAGAGGUACGGUCCUAUGGAGGCCAGCGCAGAGAGCAGGAGCGAUGAUGGUGUGAGCAGUGAAGAGGAGUUGAGCAGUGAAGGGUCUGGGAUGACUGGGAGGGAGGGGGAAGAGGGAGAGUUCGACUGGGCUGGAUGGGGCGAAGAGGGAGUGGAUGAGAGAGGGGAGGAGGGAGGGGCGGAAACGGAAAAGGAGAAACGGAUGGAUGUAAAGGAGGAGGGUAAGGUGGAGGGAAGGCAGCUUGUUUCUGUGGAUGGCAGCAGAGCAGCAGGUGGCUGUGACACGAUGCAACACCCUUCUAAUGAAGAGGCGGAGAUGGAGGACGGGAAUGGGGGUGGGGAUAGGGAUGGGGAUGAGGAUGUGGGCGGAAACGAGGAUGGAGAUGAGGAUGAGAACGGGGAUGAGAACGGGGAUGAGGCGGAGCGUGUGUUUAUUGAGAUGGUGGGAGGGGAGGGAGUGGCGGCUGGGCGAGAGUGGGACAGGGCGAAGGGAGAGGUGGAGAGGGAGGAGGAGAGUGCAAGUGGUGAAGUGAGCGUUGGUGCGCGUGGCACUGCGUUCUCUUCUCCGCCACUCGCAACUUCCCCCCACCCGCUCCUCUCAACGCCAGCUGCCAUUUCCUCAUUCUGCACGUCCCUCCUCUCCCCGCCUCGCCCUCUCUCCUCCGCCCUCCCUGGUGCUGGCGCGGGAGGAAAACUAACAGCACCAGCACCAGCACCAGCACCAGCACCAGCACCAGCACCAGCACUAGCAGCAGCAGCAGCAGCAGCAUCAGCAGCAGCAGAUGAGGCUACGUCUGCUGAGGCUGUAGCUGGUUCAUGCAGAAAGGCGGUUAUUGAGAAGCAGGAGGAGGUUCAGCGGGAGGCGGUUGGGAGGGACGGCGAGAUUUGCCUGCAGGAAGGCGUUGCCUUGGCUCGUGGUGGCCAGAGCGGGUGCUCUGGGGGAGGCUUGACAGCGAGAUGUGCGAGUAGUGGAGGUGAUGCAAGUGAGGUUGGUGGGAGAGAGGGCGUUGCAGGUGAGGGUGUAGAGGGGAGCGAGGUGAGCAGCGGUGCAGAGGGGUGGAAGCUGGGGGCAGGCGGGGAUGAGGAGGAGCAAAGAGGCGAGAUGGAGGGGAGGGGAAGAGCUGAAUAUGAGGAAAGGCAGAAUGGGGAAGAGCCAGCGAGUUCGGACGAGGUGACUGAAGAGUGCGAGGGCAUGCAGGAGGAAUGCGAGGGCGCGCAGGAGGAGUGCUCCAGCGACGCAGAGGCUGUGCGUGAGGUUGGCGCCAGUGCGGCCCUGGCUCUGCAGGGCUCACAGGGGACGGGUGAGGGAGGCGAAGAGGCAGCUGCGGAGGCCGCAGCAGCAGCAGCAGCAGCGAUCGCAUGGGGAACCGCCUUUGGGGUUGACCCUGCAAGUCAGGAGCACGAGGAAUGGAGAGGGAGGCGGCAGGGAGAGGACAUGUUUGAGGAGAUUAGCGCCUGGGGUGCUGUCUCUGGGGUUGUGGGCUUUGGUAGCAGCCAGCCAGGUAGCAGCCAGCCAGGCAAUAGCAGCAGCAGGUUGACGCCUGCUGUGUCAUGGAAGCAUGCGAUCCGACCGUUCACUGCCAGUCCGUCACUCAGCCUGCUUGAUAACCCCCUCCUCACUGCUCCCGCCGUCCCCGCCUCGUCUGCAGCUGCUGCUGCUGCUGCUGCUGCUGCUGCUGUUGUCGCUGCUGAGAACGCCAAUGCUGCCACUGCCCCUGGCCCUGUCACUGCCACUGCUACUACAGCCGCAGCAGGUGAAAUGAACCCCUUUCGCCCCCCUGUGCGCCGCCUUGUUCCCUCUGCCUCCUCCCCCGCCCUCCUACUAACCUCCCUUCAAAUCAACCGCCCAGCCUCCCCCUCCUCCUUCCCCAUCCGCCCUCCCUCCCCCAACGACCCCACUCGCCCAUCCGCUCCUGGCCCCUACUCCUCCCAUCCCUCCUCCCCCACUGCUUUCUCCGCCCAUCACAGCCGCCCCUCUUCCCCCACCUCCGCGUAUGCCAGCCGCCCGUCUUCCCCCACAUCCGCGCAUGCCAGCCGCCCCUCGUCCCCCACCAUCCCCCUGCCCGACCGCCCAUGGCUGAAAAUCUCCCUCCGCCGCAGCCUAGAGCGCGCCCAAGCCGCCCAGCUUGCAGCCGCCGCCCUGGCAGCGGUUGAGAGGGCGGAUGGUGGUGCGGAGGGGGAAGGGGCGGAGGGUGUGGCAGCAGGGGAGGGGGCGGGUGGAUAUGGAAUGGGGAGCGCGGAUGGCAUGGGUAUUAGAAGUCGUGGGGAAGGAGGAGUGGAUGUGGAGAGGCGAGAGCCGGAGGAGAAGCAGGAGAAGCAGGGGGAGGAGAAUCAAGAAGAGGAAAAGCAGGAGGAGAAGCAGGAGAAUGAUAAGCAGGGGGGAGAGGGAAAAAACGAUGUGGUGAGUGAGUGCUACCUUGAUGCUGACACACGCUCAGACCCUUCAGUACAAGAGGAGUGCGGUGGCACAUCUGCCUCUACCGACAUGUUCCACUCCACGCAAAAAGCCAGCCAGAGCACCAGUGCUGCUACUGCCAGUGCCAGCGCUGGUGCUGGUGCUGCCAUCGCUGCUACUGGUGUUGUAUCUGGCACCCCUGUUGCUGACCUGGUCCCUGUGGAAGAAGCUGCAGCUGUAGAGGCUGCUGAAAGCACAGCUGCUGCUGCUGCUGCUGAUCCAAUCGUUGCCAACAACCCCAUGGCUCAUCCCACUGAGGGAAACCCGAUGGGUACCACUGGCGUGGCAGCAGGUGGCAGCGUGGCAAGGCAGCACUGGCAUGUGAGCAGUGUGGUGGGGACUGCGAUGGGCAGUAGAGGAGCGCGUAUGGAGGGCAAGGACAGCCGUGUCAACAGCAAAGCCAGCCACGUGGAGAGCAAACCCGCCCACGUGGGUGCUCAGGCUCGCCCUCACACUGCCCUGCAGCGCACUCCUCCCCCUUCCGCAGGUGCCCCCACAGGUGCUCCCGCAGGGGGCCCAUCAGGUGCUCCCACAGGCAUAUCCAAUGUGCACGCUGCACAGGCGCACCCAGGUGUGAGGGAGAGGCAGAGCCCACUUGCUGCGCCGGUUCCUGCCAUGCCUCGUCUGCCAUUCAAGAUCUCCACCAGGAAGGGCUUGGGCUCUGCUGCUCAGAAUGCCACACCUCCUGCUGUUGCUGCUGCUGUUGCUGCUCCUCCUGCUGCCUCUGCUGCUCCUCCUGCUGCCCCUGCUGCUGCUGCUGCUGCUACCCCUCGUGCUCCUGCUGCUGUUCCGGUGGCACAGCAGAAGGCACAGCGUGGCACCACAGGCAUGGGUGGUACCGCAAGGGCAGUGGGAAGGACAGGUGCAGUGACAGGAGCAGCAAUGAGGAGAAGUGUGAGCGGGACAAAGGGUGGGGUAGGAACGGGAUGUAUGGUAGAGAUGGGAGAUGGCGUGGGAGCGGGAGGAGGGGGCGUGCAGGGGGAGGCAGUGGCGGAGGUGGAGGAGAGCUGUGGCUCAUGCAGCAUGGCCAACAGUGUGAGGCACAGCCCGGGGGCGAGGCCCCACCCCAGUGCGAGGAAGCCUGACAGUGUGACACAGAAGAGCCCAGCAGCAGGGCAGAGAAUGGCGUGGAAGAGGCAAGAAGGUAAGGCCACGGCAACGGGAAGGCAGUCUGUAGCUGCAUCCGCUGCAAAGCGUGGUGGUUCUGCUUCAGCUUCUGCGUCUGCCUCUGCUGCCGCCUCUGCUUCGGCCUCUGCAGUAGCAGCAGCUGCUGCCGGUGCUGGAGGUGUGAAGCGAGUGUCAACUGUCGGAGUGAAGGGGGCUGGAGGGGCAGCAGCAGCGGGGGCAGCAGUGGCGGGGCGGUCUAAUGGAGCGGAAUCGGCUGUGGGUGGGUCAGAGACUUGCGAGGAAUGGAGCAGCUCAGGUAGCAGCUUGGGGAAGGGAGGGGCGGGCGGAGCGGGAGGAAGAGGAGUAGGUGCAGCAGGGAGCAGGCAGACGGCUCCAGAGAAACAGCAGCAGCAGCAGGUUUCAGUGUCUGCCUUGCAUCAAUCACAGAACUCUGCAAUGGUGCAGCAGCAGCAGUUUCUGCAGACGCUGGCGUUCGGGCCAGAGUGGGUAGCAAGGAGGCGGGAGAAGGAAGAGCAGAUGCAGCAGCAGAAGCUUGUGGCAGAGAACAAGGGGCAAGCGGCAGGGGGUGGUGGCAGUGGCGUGCAUCAGCCGUUCAGCCGGCCUUUGUUUGGAGAGAGGAACGUGAGUCCACUGAGGAAUGCAACACCAGGGGCUCAAGGUGAUUCCAGGACACAAGCACAGGUGCAGGCACAGGUCGAGCAGCAGCAGCAGCAGCAGCAGCAGGGAGUGGUUUCCGCAGGAAAAUUGCGUCCAUUUGAGAGGAACUUGUUUCAUCAGACAAACCCCAUGACCUCACACGGCUUCCCUGCUCCUUCUCCUGCUGCUGCUCCUGCUGUUCCUGCUCCUCCUCUUGCUGCUUGUGCAUCCAGAUACUCGUCUGGGUCUGCUGACGCAUCGCCCCGCCAUCCGCCACCUUCCAACCCCUUCCUCCAGAGCCCACUCCACUCACUCGCCCCCAGUAGCGCUGCCACCAGCACCUCCACCCCGCCUCUCUCCCCCCGCGCUCCAUCAGGCCCCUCUGCCAACCCUGCUCUCCCUCCUCCUAGGUCCAACCCCACGUCUCCCCGUGUCUCUGCUAUGGGUGCUACUGCCGCGUCUCUCUCCCCGCCCCCCUCCCCGCGCUCCUUCCAUGUGCUGCAAUUCGCCAUGGGGGGCUCUCCCAACGCCAGCCCCAUGCACCCUCUGGCGUCCUCACUCUCUGGUGCUGCUCGCAGCCCCUCUGUGGGGCCCACUCCCUCUGCACCCCGCAGCCCCACAGUAGGACCCUCCUCUCUUGCACCUCGCAGCCCUGCUCGAUUGCCUGCAGUUCCUCAUACCUCUCCUGUUCCCGCGCACCCAGCUGCACCGUUUCAUACUCCUGUGAGUCCACGUCAUGGUGGCGGGGCUGUAGCUCCACCCACCCCUCCACACCCUUCACAACAGGCGAUGCUGCGUGCGGGUUUGCACACUUGUAACAUGCAUGGGGACGCGUUCCUUGCGCCGCCCACUCCUCCACACUCAGCACAUCAAGGCAUGCUACAAGUGGGUUCGUAUGGUUCUAGUGUGCAUGGUAGCAUGCCCCAUGCAGGCAUGCGUGGCAGCAUAAAUCAGGGUGCCAUGACUGGCAACCUCCAGCAGCCAGGCUACUAUGUGCAGCAGUAUGUGCAGCCAGUGCCACUUCAGCAGCAGCAACAGCAGCAGCAGCAGCAGCAGCAGAGCCCAUACCGCAACCGCCCGUGGCUCCAGCAGGAGAAUCGGCAGCCAUUCAUUGCAGGGCCCAGCCCCAGCCCACCCCGUUCGCCCUCCCCUCACACCACUGCAGCCAUGCCCUUUGUCUCCGGACCCAGCCGUAGCCCUGCCCGCACCCCUCCUGCCUACCACACGCCACCACCAGCACCAGCAGGAACACUCGUGCCUUCUCCGGCUGGCUACAUUGGCAGUCCAAGCCGUUGCCUCUCCCCUGUGCCCUUCUGCCCUUCAGGCAGCCCAAUGCCUGCUGCUGCCAUGUCCCCCAAUGCUGCCGGCUCUGCCAGCCCUGCUGGUGCAGGCACUCCUGACAAGGCCACCACGUCUUCGCGCUAUGCCUCCCCUCUGCCUGCUCGGGGCCCGGUGGGGAGCAUGUUUUUUGCAGGGCCCAGGGCAGGAGGAUCAGCGGCGAGUGUGGGAGGAAGUGCGGGAGGUGGUAAGGCAGUAGCAGCACAGGUGGCGGGUGGAGGGGUGCUGACGUCAUCAUCGGCCAUGAAUGCACGGCAAGGAUUCCCUGGGGGGGCAAUUGCUCCAGUGAGUGUGCCUGGUACCGGUGCAGUGCCAUGCAUGGGCCCUUCUCCUGUCAGCAGUGCAGCAGUGAAGGAACCGCAUGUCGCUAGGGUGGCACAGAAGCAGAUUUCCAGUCAUGCAGCUCCGCCAAGUGGGCCUGUGGUUCCUCCUCUUAGCAGCUCCGCCGCACGCAUGUGGUUUGGUGGUAGCAAGUAG